AUGGCAACGAACGUCGGUAAACAGCCGGCAAUGGUGAACAUAAACAUUGAAGGCAGUCCCUUGGAUUCUCCGGAUGUCGUGGAACGGGAAACCCUCACCGUGAACACAGGCAGAGGGCGUCGGUUGAACCCUGGAAAUGGGAAAAAGAACGAUGGCCGAAGUCGUUCGAACAGUCGAUCUCCAGGCCGACGAGGUAAACGAGACUCCGAGAAACCUCGUACUGAUGCAGUUCCAUUGCUAACCGCACCCGCCGAGGCUGAUUUGCCACCCCGAAAACCAACCGUAGAGUUUGACGAGGAAGACAAUCACGAUAUCGAUGGUGGCGCCCUGGAUCCGGAAGCGAAGGGUAAAGACGUUGAGAAUGGCCGUCGACGCUGGUGGCGCCGUAACCCGCCGCCAAUCAUCCCGUUCGCUCAAGUAAUCGACCCAGACGGCACGGUCCAUGUAACUGAAGAUGGUCAUGUCGUUCCGGAUGUAAAUGUGUUCCAGCAGAAGAAAAAUCUCGCUCAAGGAAUGAUGGAUCUCGCGCUGCUGUCGGCCAAUGCCAACCAGUUGCGGUACGUGCUGGAAACGUACAAGCGCCACCCGUUUUUCUACGUCAACUUUACCUUCAUCGUAAUGAGCAUCGUCGUACAGGUGGCCGUCGGCAUCAUGUUAAUCUGGAAGAGUCGGUAUAACAUUAAAAACGAGAAUGACUUCUAUAAGGCAAAUCAGAUCAAUAACUUUGUCACUAUCGGCAUUUUCAUCAUCACGAUCGUUAACGUACUGUCUUCGGCCUUUGCUGCUGCCGAGCCACCAGCAGGUCCACCAGUAGUGUGA